UAUUUAGUAAUAUAGGCCUACAAUAUUUGAGUAACUGUUGUAGAGGAAAAGGUGGAGAAUCUUGUAUUUGUUUGCCUGGUUGACUAUACGUUUUCUCUGAACUGUAACAAUGUCAACUUUGUUGAACGAGAGGGAGAGAAAAUAAGUAACAAUACAUCAAAAAACAACAAUGUUGAAAUGCACAACGCGCACCCCUGUGCGCACGGCACUCGUUAACUACCUUUGAAGUUCAGCAAACGGGCAACACUACAUACAGAGGUUGUGUGAACGUGGAUUCAUCGCUGUUCUCUGUGUCGGUCUGUCGGUGACACUGGAUUAAUAUAGGGGAACUUCCGCAGCCUUCCAUAUCGCAAAAAUCUACGGAGGAGCGAGCAUGAGAUCCGGGAGUAUCGUACAGUAGGCGAGAGGAAAGAAAGACAUCGAGUUGGAACGGGAGGAGGGAGUGGACGAAAAAACGAUUCACACACUGGAUUUGAGAUGGCGCUGGCGAGCGACCCCGGUGCCGGCCAGCAGCAGACCCAGGCCCAGAAGGAUGCCGCGGACCAGAACUUUGACUACAUGUUCAAGCUGCUGAUCAUCGGCAACAGCAGCGUGGGGAAGACCAGCUUACUCUUCCGCUACGCUGAUGACUCCUUUACCUCUGCCUUCGUCUCCACCGUGGGCAUCGAUUUCAAGGUUAAGACGGUCUACCGCAACGACAAGAGGGUCAAGCUACAGAUCUGGGACACGGCGGGCCAGGAGCGUUACAGGACCAUCACCACAGCCUACUACAGAGGAGCCAUGGGCUUCCUGCUCAUGUAUGACAUCACCAACCAGGACUCCUUCUAUGCUGUGCAGGACUGGGCGACCCAGAUCAAGACGUACUCGUGGGACAACGCCCAGGUGAUCCUGGUGGGGAACAAGGCUGACCUGGAGGACGACAGGCUGGUACCAGCGGAGGACGGACAGAGACUGGCUGAUGAACUGGGGUUCCAGUUCUUUGAGGCCAGUGCCAAAGACAACAUCAACGUGAAGCAGGUGUUCGAGCGUCUCGUCGACGUCAUCUGCGAGAAGAUGAGCGAGAGCGUGAAUGGGGAGCCCAGCCCAUUGGCCAAUCACAAGGGCCCCAGCCUGCAGGACACGCCCCCAGACAAGGGUGGCUGCUCCUGCUGAUAACGCCUUAAACAUACAUACCGUAUACAUGCUCGUACACACACACACACACACACACACUGAAAAAAUUAAAUACACAACCACUCCCACACACGCUCAUUGACUUGCCAGAAAUCUAGCGUUGUGAAUGUACUUUUGGUUUUGUAUAACAUUGUUGCUACUAUCCCUAUUACUGACUGGUUCCCCAGUCUCUUGCACUCAAUUUGCUUCUAACAACAGAUUUCACAUCAGUCCUCUUGUUUAGAAUGAGCUGAUGGAAUGUAUUUUGCUAUAGGAUAAGCUUCUCGGAGUAGUGUGAAGUUUCCCCUAGACACUGAUCUUGCGUCAGUUUUAAAUUUCCCCCACUAAUGGUUAGGAUUGGGGAGGGUAAGCUGAUCCUAGAUCUGUACCUAGGGGAGACUUCAUCUGGGGACCUUCCCACAACCCAAGCCGAGCCUGAGAAACGUUGUUCAGCGCUGUAGUUCAGAUAUGUUUGAUUGUGUCUUGAUCAUACUGCCCCCAUGUGGAUAUUGAAUGUUACUGCAGCAAUAAUGGAAGCACCCACUAAUAGUGUCAAUAGCUCAGGUGGGUCUGCCUAACGUCAAUGACAACGUCGGGCCCUGAGUUUCUCCUGGCUGUGUGGUGGAAAAACUCAAGGCCCUAUACUAAGGGAGUGUCUAGAGGGCUGGCUUAUGAGGCUAUUGCUUAGGAAUGUUCAUCUGUAGCCUAUACACUGUAAAACCAAAAUGUCAGGUCAACUAUGACUAACCAACCAACUUGCCAAAGUUUCUUGACUCAACUAGAUGUUGGGGGUCAAUUCAAUUUCAAUGCAGUCAAUUCAACUGUGCUGGACCUUCCUGCCCUGCAUUGUCCCACUAAGUACUGGAACUGAAUGAGCUAAUAGAUUCUACAUCCGACAUUGAAUGGAAAAACAACUUACUAUAUUUGCGUCUGGUUUUGUUGUGUUUUAUAGGUUCAUGUCUUAGUGCUCAGGUCAAAUGUAAAAGUCAUAGCAUGAUUUCAAUUGAUUCAUUUCAGUCAAUGAGUCAAAUGAACGAAUUAAAACAAUUUAAUGAAGUCCG